AUGGCUAGAUCUGCAACGGCCCAAAGCCAUUCCACCCACGAUCCCUCGAUCGACAUUGUGACACCACUACCUCUCACCACCGUGCCACCUACCGGACCUCCAGCUGAGACCACCGCACCGGCCACUGCCUCCGAAUCAAGCUUCAAGGAGCUAACUUACGUAUUCACCAAAGAAUACACCUCUUAUCGGACAAUCAAGAAGAACCAUGACCACUUGUAUAACCUGCGCAAGAAGUCCGACGAAUCACUUCGAGAUUACAUCAAAAGAUUCAAAGCAGAAAAGGCCAACAUUGUAGGACGUGACGACCAAAUCGCGUCUUCUGCUUUCAAGAAAGGCCUUUCGGCUGAGCACAACUUGUACCGCGAGCUGACCAUCACUCCCGGCCAGACUCUAGCAAAGGUCUACGCGACCGUGGAACGCUAUGCGCUCUGGGAUGACGAUCGAAUCAUCGUAAAGAAGUCUAUUAAGCCGGAAGAUCAGCUGAUUAAGCAGGCAGACCAAAGAAGCGACGGAUUUAGCAACAGGAACAAGGACAAGCACAGGUCGCAAACACAAGGAGACGUUAUGGCAGGAGAGAACUACACCAAGUUCAUCAUUCCCAUACAUCAAAUUUUAGCCCAAGUGAAGAACAAACCUUGGGUAAGAAGACCACCACCCUUGAAAGGAGAUCCGGACAAGAGGGAUACUAGCAAAUACUGUGCCUUCCAUGGAACGCACGGACACACUACAAACAACUGCUUUGCUUGGAAAACGCAUCUUGAAGAACUCGUGAGAGAAGGUCACUGCACGGAAUUCAUUGCGAAGCAGGCCAUCCAACGGAUAGAAGAUCGUGACACCGCCAAGGAGCCGCCCCAGAAGGUCAUAAGAAUUAGCACAAUCCUAGCCGACUCCGAGGAGUCUGGGCUGACCAGUAAGGAAAAGAAGAGGAAGAUCAAACAAGCCACUGUGAUCUCGCAAAUCACGACUGACCUUCCACCAGCAGAAGACGAUCCUGUGAUCGGCUUCCAAAAGAAAGAUCUGAUCGACCUCGACAUGCCACAUAACGAUGCCCUUGUCAUCAGCAUUCAAAUCGCUCAGGCCAUGGUCGACCGAAUCCAUGCAGACGAGGGCAGCGCAGCCAAUAUCCUACAACUGGCGGUCAUCCAACAGAUGGGCUUGGAGACAAAGAUCAACAAAUUAGCCAGAUUGCUGACUAGCUUUAAUGGUGCAACAACGGUUACCAUGGGCACGAUAGACCUCGACGUCUACUCCCCACCUCAAUCAAAGCGUCAUGACCAAGCUGAGGAAAUCCGCCCAGAGGUCUUUCCUGAAGAAGGAUGGAAACCCGAGGAGGACGUAGAGUUAAUACCCUUGGAUCCUGACCAGCCAGAUAGGAAAGUGCGGAUUGGCUCGCGCUUAAGCCCAGAAGAGAAGGUGGAGCUUACCACCUUCCUCCGGAGCAACAAAGACAUGUUCGCAUGGUUGCUGUCAGACAUGCUUGGCAUCGACUCGAACAUCAUCUGUCACUGA